AUGAGUUGGUCACCCUCGUCAACUGACAUCCCACACCACCUCCAUCACCCACCCAUCCUCGACCAUCUGCUCGACACCUUCUUCAUGUCCCUGCGUCUGCCGGCGCGGACAGACCUCCUGCAGCUCAUCCGCCCAAAGUCGUCAUCCACGCGCCUGCUCGACAAGGCUGCCGACCUCGACGCGACCUGGGACAAUGUGACCAAUGAGACAUUCUGCUCAGGCUUCCCAGCCUCGUGGUCACUCUUGUUGCACGACCCGAACAUGGGCAGCCUUCUCGAGGUGCAACGACGACAAUGCCCAAGUUCCUUGAGUACCGCCGCCAAAGUGGGUGCAAACGCCAGCCGCCAGGUCCCCGCUGUCGAGCCCUGCACAGUCAAAGAGAUGUCUCGAAGAUACUACAUCGAGACGUCCUCGAUGGGGAAGCAGCAAUUCGUCAAGCUCAAGCGCUCGCGCUCGCAUCACCACCAUCGCGAGCACCACCACCGCCACUACGAGCUCGACUACUGCCCAGAUUACUACAAGGUCAGCAAAGAGGAAUGGAACACGCUCAAGCUCAGGGAGAGGUCGCUGGAGGAGCAGAACUGCGCGCUGGUAGAGGAGAACAAGGCGUUGCGGGCGAGUCUGGCAGCGUCGCAAGCAGAGACACAGCGCUUGGAGCAAUGUGUGAUUCCAGACCUACAAGCCGCCAACGCCGCACUGCUCGCCGACAAUGACAGCCUCCGCCGCUCCCUGGACAAUGCAGCCGACCAAGCAUCCAAGCACGCAGGGGAAGUCGCAAAGCUAGAAUGCAAGGUCGACAAGCUGGAACGCGAGCUCAAGGCGUCCAAGGAGGAGACGUGUGACCUGCGCGCGCGGAUACGGAACCUUGCGCGCCAACUGGACGGAAGCUGUAGCCGUCGCGUGUCUGAGAUGGUCAAGGAGCUGAGCUACUGGAAGCACGAAACGAGGUUCUGGAAGGACAAGUGGGAGGAUCUGAACAGGAGGCACCACGAGAUGCUUGAUACCCUAGAGAGCCGGACGGAGCGGAUGGAGUCGUACGAGGAGAUUCUGAGAAGGCGGAGGAUCGUGUAG